UCACCUGUGAAUAAAGAGGGGUAUGAUCGCGGAGAGCGUGAGCAUAAUUUCUCAGAAAUUUGCCGACUGAUCAACGCGCGUAGUACAAACAGCUUGUUGUCGUUGUGGUUGCUUGCCGCAGAUCUGAAGAUCAAGAAAGCUACGAAAAUGACAACUUGGGCGUAAACUGAAAAGUGCGACAAUACAGCACGACCCGUCACGACGCCAAACUCAACCGGUGUGAGUGGUAAAAACAAACGAAAUUAAGACGGCCGCGGCAGCACUACCUGUACGAAAGUGAAAAAAAUAACUCGAGCAAAAGAGCGCUUGGUCUCUCGGCUGGAAGUUGCAACGUUGCAGCAUCACACCGCCGCCGCUGGACGGAUAUAAAUUGCUUAAACACCCUAUCGAACUGUUUUAGUCUGGUGCCGGCGGUUGGCGUGAUUAAACAUACGCACACGUGGGACGAAAGGAUACUGUCGCGGGUGACGCACGUGGCGCGGUUGGCGUUUGAAGCAUCUGGAGAAUAGCUUGGGGGUGAUCGAGAGUGAAAGUGAUCGGACGACCUUCGAAGGACUUUUACUUUUGGGUGGCGACCCGGAGGCGGAUUUUGGUCGAGUUUUUUUUUUGCGGUGCUGUCGUGUUUGGUGAAAUUGGAUCUGCAGUGAUUUUGGAUAUUUUUAGUGGACUGUGAGACAUUGUGUGAGUGUGUGAGAGAAGAACACCAAAACUAAACCUAAUACGGUGUGGUGGAGUGAUAAAAAGCACUUUGUGAAAGUAAUCAACCGGGAAACAGGUGCUUUGACCAGAUCGUAGCGGUGAUUAAAUUUCGCAAAAUGGCCAAAAUGGUCAUCAUUGGCUUUGUGAUAUGGUCUUGCCUGUUGCUACAAAUGGCUCCCGCCGAACCAGAGACCCAACCCAACCGCCAAGUCAACCUGGAAGACAUUGAACGGGACAACCUCAACAGCGAGCGCCACCUGGCGUUCAAGAAGGAAGCGAAAUCAUACCAACCCCCACUGCAAGCAUCCUCUUCCCAGAGUAGCAAUCACUACGCGAUCCAAAUCGAGCACCACCCGGGUGGGGCCACCAGUCACGCCGGCAUCAACUAUGUCACGCCGAUUCCAUCGGGACCUGCUGGUAUUACGUACGCUAAAAUUCCGACCGGACCGGGCAUUACCUACUCGAAACCUUUCACGGCCCAGUACAACGCACAGUACCAGCCUCAGUACCCGCAGAAGGUUCCGCAGGUGCAUGAAGACCACUCGACCUACACGGUGCCAUCGCGCCAGUCGUUGAUCCAGCCGAUCAUCGGCGGAAGCGCUCCGGCCGCGAACCAUCUGCUGACGCCCCAGCCGCAGUACGUGUACGUGCAGGCCCAGCCCCAGCAGGUUCACCAGUACGCGAACCACAACUUGGCCCAAUCGCUGAUGCAUAUUCUCCCACAGAACCAACAAGCUUAUAUCAUGAUACCAUCGUCCUACUACCAGCCACCGCACUCGGCACAGCAGUACGCGGCUUAUGUGAACGACCAGGACAACCACGGCGGCAACAACAACCAAGCUGUGCAGGCUUACUCGCAUGGUGAAACCGGCAACAGCAGCCCAUCAGCUGCAGCGGCGCCCCCCAGUGGUGCAUCGGCUCCGUUGAAGACCCCCGGAGUGGUCUACGCAGCGGUACCUUCCUCAACGCCGGCUCCCCCGCGACCGCAUCACACUCCAGCUGCAGCUGACGCGUACUCCGUCUCGCAGAACGCCGAACCCGCGAUAUAUUUCAACCACAACCAUCUGGCUCAACCGACUUCCGGAGUCCAGUACAGCUACUCGCCAGCCAAGCCUUCCAUUCAGAUCCACCACGAAGUCCGAUCCAGCUAUCCCUCGUUGGCCCAGCCAAACAACGGAAUCCUCAACUACCUUGGCGUACAACACAAAGCCCCCACGAGUCUUCUUGAUUCCUACGUCCCCAGUGCCCUCCAGUUCACUCCCCUCAAGCAGUACCAAUAUCCGACCAAACCCGCCGUUCCGGUUCAGGUCUACCACCAUCCGUACCACCGUCACCCCCAGCAUCACUACCCACCCCAGACUCAACAACCCCACCAGUUCUACCAACCCUCCUACCCGGUUCCCCACCACUCGACCUACCCAAUCUACCAACCCCCGCAGCAGCUUCACUUCCAGCAACCCCAGCCAACUCCAACGGCCAUAUCUCACAUCCCGGCGGCAUCCUCCCUCUACAACACCAUCGCGUACUCGGUCCCGCUGGCGCACACCCAAACGGCCACCCAGUACAAGCGGUCCCCGGCCCUCGAGAGUGUCGCCGGAUUCAAGCCAUCGGUGCCGCAACGCACGAAGCUGCAACCGGCUGCUGGGAAGGUGAACUAACGUUUCGCAAAACUUACCGAAUAAGAAGCCUAAUUUAUAUACGAUACGAUAAGAUUAACCGUUUAGUUUCGAGACGAUGUACGAAAACGCCCGAAUAACUCCAUACGAACGAGAAACUUCGCAGUUACCUUUCACUAAUCACGAAAUCAUAACAAGUUAGAUGUUCGAAAUGUGGUGAAAUAAAACCGUCCACUAGAGUUACAGUGAAAACAAAAAAUCAGACAAUUGUAAAUAUUUUACUACGGAAUGUUUAAAUAAAACUACAAAAUGAA